GACGAAGAAGAAGAAGAAGAAGAAGGAGGAGGUUACGUCACAUAAUUGCUGCUGUAUCAACCAGGAAGUAGCACGAGAGCAGCCGUUGAAAAAUGUUUACUUUCAGUUUAACGCUCGUACGACAUGGGGAAACACAGUACAACAGGGACAAGCUGCUGCAAGGUCAAGGCGUGGACACACUCUUGUCAGAAACCGGUGCGCAGCAGGCUGAAGCCGUAGGAAGAUACCUCAGAGAUGUCGCAUUCAACAAUGUGUUUGCCAGUAACCUACAACGAGCCAUACAGACAGCUGAAAUCAUUCAGAGGAACAGCACUCACUGUUCUGGCACGGAGAUGAUUUUGGAUCCGUUACUCCGAGAGAGGGGUUUUGGAGUAGCUGAAGGACGUCCUAAAGAUGAUCUGAAGAACAUGGCCAACGCUGCGGGCCAGUCGUGUCGUGACUACACGCCUCCAGGAGGAGAGACUUUAGACCAGGUGAAGCUGAGAUUCAAAAAAUUCCUCAAACUCCUUUUCAACCAAAUGUUGGAUGAACAUGGCAGGGCAGGAGCAGAUGCCUCUGCAGGAGCAUCAGAAGCUGCAAACGGGACUGCGGCCGCUGCCUCAGACGCCGCUCCUGUUGGCUCUGCUGACGACGGUCUCCAGGGAGCGUCGGUCCACGCUCUGGUCGUGAGCCACGGCGCUUACAUCCGUGUAGUCAUCAAGCACCUUGUGGAGGACUUAAAGAGCUCUCUGCCUGCAGGGGCGAAGAUGUCCCAGCUGCUUUCCCCCUGUCCAAACACGGGCAUCAGUCGCUUCGUUUUCACCCUCAGCCGGUCCGAGUCCGGCCCGGUCCUCUCUGCUGCUCGCUGCUUCUUCACCAACAGGAAGGAUCACCUGGAGAACCUCCCAGCUGCUCAAUAGUGUGGAGGACAUGAAAGUUAAUGUGUGGCGUUUGUGUGCACAUGUACACGGUCUCUGACGGGAACAAUCAUGAACACUGAAGGGGAAAUAAGAAGUAAAGACCUCCAAAGUUACCACAGGUAACUGAUUACAGCAAUUCAAAUGGUAAAUGAUGUUUUUGUGGGUCAACGGUCAAAAUAAGUGUGCAGCACAAUAUUAUCAAACUGUUUCAUCGUCCUCCCAACUGUAGGCCAGUGAGGACGUGUGUCAUACUAAAUUUGUUUUAAUUUAAUGAACUUUAUUACCUCUUUUUAUCAUGUUAUACCAAAGUCCGAAUUAUUUAAUGUAAUAUUGAACACUCUGUGUGUGUGUGUGUGUGUGUGUGUGUGUGUGUGUGUGUGUGUGUGUGUGUGUGUGUGUGUGUGGCAUUUUCAAGUUGAUGUGUCUCCUGUGAUGCUGCUGCUCAUUUUCCUUGUGCAAUACAACAUGACAACAUGAAUCUUUUGUGGAGUUUUAUAAAUAAUACAGGAUGCACAUAUCACUAAACGUA